AUGAAACUGAGCGUGAGCGCGUAUCGGGCGCAUGCAUCCGCACACAAGAAGAUCCUCUCCAGCGGCUAUCACUCGCAGCUCAACUACGGCAGCACUGGAGCGGCAGCGGCAUCCUCCUCGUCGUCGGGGGCCACUGCAACGGGCCUAUAUACGAUGGAGACGCACGACCACGAGCACGGAGCGGGCAAGUUCGUCAAGGAUGUGGCCCGCCAGGUGCACGACUGCAACAGCGACACGGAUGUCAUUAGUCCCACGGGCACCAGUAGCUCCGGCGGCGGUGGUGGGGGAGGAGGAGCCAGCGGCGGACCCGGGACGAGCGAUGGCGGCCACCACAAGCGGCAUCAUAAGAGCAGCGCGUCGGCGAUGGCCCGCGACGACGACAACAACAGUGCGGCCCACUCCUCGGACAGUAAAAGUCCCAGUCAGCGGAAAUCGCGUAUCGGAGAUGGAGCUUCAGAUCCAGAUUCCGAUUGGACGCGAUCGAACCAACGCUGGAUGAAGCUGCGCACCACCGUGCAAAUCUCAUCGGCGAUACAGAAGAAACCACCGCUCAAGCGCGAAGACUCCUUCCUGAAGCGUUUCUCGACUAGACAGAUACCCGAAACACAGGAAACUGUUGAAGACACGGGUUCAGAAAGUGCCUCUGGUGACGUCGACAAGAGUGUUAAGCGACGGCGACGCUAUCUGCAGAAACGACGAUCCGUCGUUAAUCCAGAUGAGAAUUUUUACUUCUAUUGGUUAAUGAUGUUAACUGUAUGUGUUCUAUAUAACCUAUGGACCCUAAUUGUGAGGCAGAGCUUUCCCGAACUGCAGCAAGCUGUGCCCACGUUCUGGCUCAUCUGCGAUUCGAUGACAGAUGUUGUAUUUAUCCUAGAUAUAAUAGUUCAAUUACGCACAGGCUAUCUGGAGCAGGGCCUAAUGGUAUACGACGACAGGAAGCUGGCCUGCCACUAUGUCCACUCGCGUGACUUCAUCUUCGAUAUGAUAGCGCUAAUACCAUUGGAUCUCCUGCAGCUCAAGAUGGGCACACAUCCGCUCUUGCGUUUUACGCGCUUUUUUAAAGUUUAUCGAUCUGUGAGAUUUUAUUACAUCGUAGAGAGUAGAACAGUUUGGCCAAAUUUAUGGCGCGUUGUUAACCUAAUUCAUAUCCUGUUAAUACUGGCACACUGGUUCGGUUGUUUCUAUUUUUUACUCUCCGAGGCGGAGGGUUUUCAGGGCGAUUGGGUGUAUCCAUAUCGACCCGGGGACUAUGCGACCCUGACCCGCAAGUAUCUGGGCAGCCUGUACUGGUCGACCUUGACCCUGACGACCAUCGGGGACCUGCCCACGCCGGAGACGAAUGCGGAAUAUAUUUUUACGAUCGUUAGCUAUUUGAUUGGUGUUUUUAUCUUCGCGACCAUCGUCGGCCAGGUGGGCAAUGUGAUAACGAACCGUAAUGCGAAUCGCCUGGAGUUCGAGCGCCUUCUGGACGGGGCCAAGACCUACAUGCGCCACCACAAGGUGCCCGGCGGCAUGAAGCGUCGCGUGCUUCGGUGGUACGACUAUAGCUGGUCCCGCGGCAGGAUUCAGGGCGGUGGUGACAUAAACACGGCGCUGGGCCUGCUUCCCGACAAACUGAAAACCGAACUGGCCUUACAUGUCAAUCUCAGUGUGCUGAAGAAGGUGACCAUCUUCCAGGAGUGCCAGCCGGAGUUCCUCCACGACCUGGUGCUCAAGAUGAAGGCCUAUAUCUUUACGCCGGGCGACUCCAUCUGUCGCAAGGGCGAGGUGGCCCGCGAGAUGUUCAUCAUUGCGGACGGCAUCCUGGAGGUGCUGAGCGAGACGGGCAAGGUCCUGACCACCAUGAAGGCGGGUGAUUUUUUUGGAGAGAUCGGCAUACUCAAUCUGGAUGGAUUGAACAAACGCACGGCUGAUGUCCGUUCUGUGGGCUACUCGGAGCUGUUCUCGCUCUCCCGCGAGGAUGUCCUGGCUGCCAUGAAGGACUAUCCCGAUGCCCAGGAGAUCCUGCAGACGCUGGGCCGAAAGCGGCUUAUGGAGGUCCGCUGCGUGAACAAGAAGUACGCGAAGGCGCAGAGUGACAAGGAGGCGGCAGCCUAUGCAGCCGCCCAUCCGCACCACCACCAGAGCCACCAGGGUCACCACCAGGGACAGGUGCAUCAGAGCGAUAGCAGCGAGAACAGUGCCUCCAAGAAGAUCGUGGACAAGCUGAAGCACGAUGUCAAGGGGUUCCGCAACGUGCUGAAGAAGUCCAGGACCUCUAGAAAGAGCGACGAGUCCUUGGAGAUGCAGCCACUGCAUAACACAUCGCCGCGCGGCAGCAAGAUCAUGCUGAAGCGCAUGUCCCGCGUCCGAUCCGACGAGAAGGAUGCGGACAGUGCCGAGGCCAAGGACGAGCUGCACGACAAGACCCCCAGCCCCAUUGGCGCCGGGCUGCCGCUCCUGCAGCGCCUGCGGCUGCUCAAGGAGAAACAGGAUCGCGAAGAGCGAGCUGUUAAGUCCACACCACCACAGAAAUCUCCACCUCACUCACAUGUAACGUGUACGUUAUCGCCGCAGGAAUCGAUCCAGGAGGAGCCCGAACGCGAGUUCAGCGAAGGCUUUCCCCUGAUCCAGCGACUGCAGCAGUUGAAAAUUAAGAACGAGCCGCAGGCCAUCGUUGCCGAACCCGGCGUCGUCAUGGUCAACACGCCGCCCAACAUAAGCAGCAAGAUCGACUCGCACUUUGGAGGAGCCUCGGGAGUGGGAGUACCCGGCGGAGCCAACGGAAGCUCCAGCUCGACCACCUCCGGAGGACAAUCGCUGACGGUGGCCCAGAUCAAGCCCAUUAUGAAAGUGUCCUUCAAGCAGAAGAUCCAGCAGCUGCAGGGCGGCGGUGGCGGAGGAAUGUCCAGCAGCUCGCCGGGUCCGAGUACAGGAGCCAUUGCCAAGAAGGAACCGCCCAAGUCGCUAGCCUUGGUGGCCAAGCACGAGGAUCCGAUCGCGGCUGGAGCGGGACUGGGCUUGGGCCUGGGAGGAGCGGGAGGUCCUGGCAUAGCCACCAUAUCGAAGAGGGUGGUGAAGCCGCCGGGUCAUCGGAUAGGCAUGGCCAUGGGCACGACGCCGCCAAUGCAAUCGGACACGGACACCGACGGCACACCCAUCAAGCCCUGGUCCAAGCUGAAGCUGGCCACGCUCAUGUCCUCCAGCUACACCAGCCUGACCAACUGCUCGCCCACGGAUGACCCCGAGACGCCGCUGAAGAACUACUCGCUGAGCAACAUACCGCAGCAGAUGGAGCAGCACCCGCGACCGCCGCAGCGUCAUCACAGCGCCAGGAGCAGCUCCCGCUCACCGCGGCAUCAUCAUCAUCACCAUGGAUCGCAUCAUCAUGGCCACAGCUCAUCCAGCACCACGUGCUCCUCGGGAGCCGGUGGCCAGCGGCGGGAGCUCAACCAGAUGGGAAUGGGAAUGGGGACCACAGCCAAUGGUGCCACCUCCGCCAGACGGGACUGCCUGCGCCUCCAGAAGCCCGAGCAGCAUCUGCCCGACGGCGAACUCUCCGAGCUGGGCGGCAAUGGCGGUCGCAGGAAGCUCUACCAGAGCGUGUUCGAUCUGUCGCCGGAGUACUGCGGCCUGCCCUUCGUCAAGCGCCUGAAGAUCCUCAACGAGCGCCAGAAGCUGGCCGAGCUGGAGCGAGCCCUCCAGACGCGCAGCUUCAGCCUGGACUGCUCCAAGUCCGGCCCCGAUAGCCGGGUGCCCAUCACGGAGUCGCUGUAUCGCUGUUAUAGCGACACCUCCGGCAUCUACUCACAGUUCCUCAGCACCUAUGAGUCCACCACCAGUUCCACCUCCACCUCGAUAUCCACGAAUACAUCCGCAUCCGCCUCGGCGUCGGCUUCCGCAUCCGCUUCCGCCUCUGCCUCGGACAGCAACUCCAGGCAGCUGUUGCAGUAUGUCCCACUGCCACUCAGUCCGGAGUCUAAUGAGACACUGGAGCGACGGAAGCUGAAGAGCAUACUCAAGAAGCUGCAGAAGGGCACAGGCAACGGCGGACAGGAGGAGGAGAUUCAGCCAGGAGCAUCAGGAUCAGGAUCAGGAUCGGGAUCAGGAGCGAACAACAACGGCAGCAGCUCAAGGGGGCUGGCACAGGGACAGGGCUUGGGACUGGGACUGGGACUGGGACAGGGUCAGGGGCUGCCCGCGGAGCCCACCGUGGAAGGCCCGCCCGCCAGUGCCAAGGAGGAGUAUCCCUUCGGCGGCGGUGGGACUAAUAAUAGCGUUGUUAGCCUUGUUGGUACCGAUGUAUCGAGUGCCACUGCAACUGCUCCCACACCUACUCCUAAUCCGAAUUCGCGCGCGGCCAACAGUGCGUAUGCGUAUCCACUUCCACUUCCGCUUCCGGUCAGCGGUCUUCCGUCUCCGAUUUCAGCAACGUUUCCGGCUCCGAUAACGGCACCCAUACCGCCACCGGCCACGGUUCCGGGCGGCGGCGGCGGCGGCGUCGAGACGAGUGUCUGGUCGCCGACGUUGACGUUGGUAACGCCCACGAAUUCGCCGCAGGAGAGCUUCGCGUUCGAGCUGCUGCACCCCAAUCCCGGCCAGCUGCAGCAGUUUCGCGAGCGCGAUGGCGGACUCGUUGCUGGCGUUGGCAGCGCCUCAGCGUCCGGCGUUUCCGGUUCCUCCACAUCCGCAUCCGCAUCCGCAUCUGCAUCCGCUUCCGCAACGGCAUCCACAUCCGCGUCCGCUUCAUACAUCGUAGAGUCGAAAUCGCAGAGCGAGUUCCAUGCUCAGUCCACCACCACAACCGAUUUGAAUUUGAAUUUGCAGCUCAGGCAGAACACGACCAGUGCGAUGGGACUGGGCUUGGGACAGGGACAGGGACUGGGACUGGGACAGGGUCCAGGGCCGCAUCACGAAGGAUUCCCGGAGGCGCAGGACUACUUCAAUCAGAUCCUCAGCGGCAUCAAUCACGUGAUCAAGACGCACAUGAACGAGAUGCACUCCAAGUUCGAGACGCAGUUCUCCAGCAUGGCCGGCGAGGUGCGGCGACGCGAUGCCAUCAUUGCCCAGCUGCAGUUCAAGUUGCGAUCCAUCGAGCAGAAAUCCUCGUCUUCGACGCUACCCGUGGCCACGUGCUCGUCCUCCGCCUUGGUCCUGCCACUCAGCCGGCGACAGAAGAAGAUGUCCCAGCUGUCGGUGGACGACGAUGAGCCGGCCGAGGAUGAGGAUAACAGCAGUUCCGGCUCCUCGGCGGAGCUUCUGUUUAUGCGCGGCGACUCCCUGGACACGGUGUUCACAUCCUCGCCACCCAUCCAGGGCGGCAGGCGGAGCAUAUCUCCGGGUCCGGGUCGUGGACCAAGCCGUCAUCAUGCCGCCUCGGCGAAUGCCUUGAAUUGUCCCAGCAGCUACUACGGCGGACCAGGAUCGCUUAGCUCCCGGCAUGCCCAGAGCCACCCCAGUUUCUAUUCCGGGCAGGGCAACGGGCGGAGCAGCAGUCGUGGUGGCGGCUACCGCGAAUGGAGCGGAGGCGGACCAGGAGGAAGUCUGGUCAGCGGUGGCAGCGGUGGCAGCGGUUCUACUAGCGGCGUUAUGGUAUCGGAUGUGACUGGCAAUCUCACGCGGCUGGCGGACAGCGUCAUUCUGGACAUUGGCGAGAGCUCCAGCUCCAGUUCCUCGUCCAGCAAGAUCAACAUUGCCGAGGAGGAGGACGACGAUGAGGAGGAGGAGGAGAAUAAUGCCGCCGAUCGACGCAGCAGAGUUGUGGUCGAGGAGGACGACGACGAGGAGGAGGAGGUGGCGGGAACGAAUCGAGCGGGCCACAACGACUGGGAGGUCCAGAUGCUGGCCGCCGAGAUGGAGCGCCAGGAGCGGAAGCGCGGUCACUCGCUUAAUCCCGACAAUCUCGGCGAGCUGAGGCACUGCAGCACGCUGCUGCGGCGUCGCCGCAAGUUCAGCGACACGGAGACGGAGUUCAGUGAGACGGAUAUGGACGAUCAGCUAAUGGCCCGGGCAGCAGCCGCAUCGGCAGGAGCAUCAGCAUCCGCAUCCGGAGCAGGCACCUCGGCGGGCCAUCAGAGUGGCAGCCAGCGGCCGAGGGCCUCCAGCUUGGAUCAGUUUAACCUGCGCUAUGGCAUCGGACGCGGGAUCUUUAAAGCAAUGAGCAUCGAUCGUGAUAAAGACAAGCUUUGAGAACUGUAAUCGACGAAGUGACCAAAUCCAAAUCCAAACCAUCACCCAGUUCCCAACUCCAACUCCAACCCCAUUCCCAUCUCCAGCAGGAGCGGACAACCAAUAAGCAAUUCGGACAGUAUUACAAUGGUACAACAACUAUAUGUAUUUGAUAUACAGAACCUAAAAAGAGAUGUGAGGACAUAUAGAGAGCUAUAUUCUAUACAUGUAUGUUUAGCCCAAACGAUCCCCCAUAUACAGAUAUACAUAUAUAAACCCAAAGGAAAGCCCGAAUGAGACACAAAAACUGUAGAAUUAACGAAACAACUACUACUAAAAAACCGAGAAACAACACACAGAUAGCCAGAGGGAGUGCCUCGACCCCUAUUCCGGCUUAAAUUUUUCAUUUUCAUUCUCAUUUCAAUAGUUUUCUUGAAAAUGUAAAUAGUUUGAUUAACCGAAAGUUGACUAUGUCUAAUAGAAGGAUAACUGCAUUUUAGCAUUAUUUUCCUCAGUGCUUCAGUUUAGUUUAGGUUUGGCCUAAUUUAAAAUUAUUUUCUUUUAGUUUUUCAACUGAAUUUUAUACCCUUGCAAGGUAUUCUUAUUUCAGACAGAGGCUUACAAAACAGGGAAGAAAUCAUUUCCGACCCUAUAAAGCAUAUAUAUUCUUGAUCAGCAUC